AUGAUGCUUUCCAGAUUUAUCAGUCUCUUCGGUGUCCUGGCCGGAGCAUCGGUCACAGUCCGCAAGACAGGCCAAGGUCCUACCGGGUACGAAGUAACGUUUCGUUAUGAGAAUGCCACUGCUAGCAGCAUCACUAUUGGAAGCGGCCUCCAGCCUUUCACAGACUUAUACCAUGCUACUCCCUUCGGCAGCGCCCGUUUUGAUCCCCGCGAUUAUCAGCCGGGAUGGUUUUUUGCGAACUAUUUUGGACCACCCUGGGACUUGCCUUACCAAAUGAUGAAUAUGGGAAACGGCUCUUGGGUCUACACAACACCGCUACCGUCUGGAACGUACAAUUAUGCGUACUUGGUUGACUGUUUGGGAAACACGACCUGCGAUAUCGACAGCGGUAAAUAUGUGAUCGAUCCAGAUGAGCCGCCGUUUUUGAACGUUCAAGGCGAUCAAACUCAGUCGACGUUCCAAGUACCAUUCGACCCAGAAUUCCAAUACGACCCUGACAUCAAUGUGAACUUCGAUUACGCGCUUCCUGUCGACGAGGCCCAUCGGGGUACCGUACAUAACGUCAACUACACCUCCCCAGGCUCAGUCCAUCCCGCGCAAGACGUCCAUGACUUCGUAAUCUACCUGCCCUAUGGCUACAACAACGUGACAAACAGGAAAUAUCCCAUCAUGUAUCUCUCGCACGGGGGCGGCGGUGAUGCUCAAGACUGGCAGAACCUUGCGCAAGCCUCGCACAUCCUGGACCGACUCAUCCUGGAGAAGCACAUUGUGCCUACCGUGGUCGUUAUGCCUUCCUUUUACAACAUCGCUCCCGAGUACAAGCAAGUCUAUGGAAGCAGGAACCCUCCUGCCGUGGCACCAUCCGCGCCCGUCGUGCGCGAGAAUUACAUGAAAUAUCUCAUGCCUUUCGUCGAGAAAACGUUCGCGGUCUCGACCACGCCCUCUGAACGCGCGUUCGCUGGGCUGUCUCUCGGUGGCCGCCUCACGUAUGAGAUGUACAUCAACGCGACGGACUACUUUGGCUAUUUCGGCAUCUUCUCUGGCGCGACGUUUGGCGGACCAGGGAGCUACGUAAACGCGAGCAUGAUCGCGGCGAAGCCUGCUCUACGAGAGAGAGGUAUCUUCACUAGUGUUGGGCUGUAUGACUUCGCGUUCGAUGAUAUUCGUGGGCUCGAGGCGGCGUUCCAGGCGAAUGCGGUGCCGUUCUUAGGGCGGGUCGUGCCGUUUGGGUACCACGCGUGGAACACAUGGCAGGACUGUCUGUGGUUCUUUGGGAGAAAGGCGUUGUGGAAGAGUCUACCGUUCAAGGUGAAUGCGAUCGUUAGUACGCAGUUGUAG